ACAGAACCGCUAACAUGGGUCAGAGGGUGGACAAGAUGCAGGACGAGGAGUCGCGCAACGGCCGGGAGGGCGUGGCGUCCGCCCCGGGAGCUUCCCCCGGGUCGGGGGAGCAUUCGGAUCCCCAAACGGAGCGGCCAAUCGGGCAUCUCGCUCCGAGGGACGGACCUGUGGUGGGUGGAGACGGGGAGGGUCGGCAGGACGCCGCUACGGCUGAGGACUCAAAAUGUGCUCUGAACUUCGGCGAGACCAGAUCGGAGAAGCUUCCGGCCUGCGACGCCUCUUGGGCUAUGGAGGCCAGCGGGAACAGAUGGCACGGUGAAGAUAUGUGCAGACCUCCGGACGAGGAGGACUUUGCGCUUCAAACAGAAGCGGGUCAAUCGCCCGUUAAGGAUGGAGACGAGGUCGACGCCGCGGUCGGAAAAAGCCGAGGGCAAGUCGCCCAGGACGGGUUUGCCGGCGCGGUCUCAAAAAGGCUGAAGGCUGCGCCGGUCACUCCUCCACCGUCGGAGAAAGAAUUACAGCUGUCGGAGGAGAAGGCGAAAAGCAAAGGUCCGCCUCCGCCGGUUCCCAAAAAACCGCCAAAGCCCUUCAUCAAGCUCAAAACGGCUCAGCUGAUGUCCGCCGAGAGACGAGGCAAAGAUCACCUCCGUUCCGAAGAGAGGGCCAGGAGGAGACACACCGUGGACCUUCAAAAAGGCUUCCUCACGGGCGGCGCCACCAAUCAGGACAUGUGCCCCUUGUGGGACGAGAGGAACGCCUCGCGCUCCGACGUACGUCGUCGCUCGGUAGAGUUUGGUUCUUGGCCGCGGGACCGCACGGACAACGACUACGGAGGCUUGGUGGACUUUGAGUACUGCGCCCGAGUGGCGCAGUUGUCUCCUGACGAAGAUCCCGUCGACUUGGACAUGGUGCGGAGGAGAGUUUUCCUGGAGAGACGCAAUCUGUCUGAAAAAGCAGCAGCGCCGCCGCCGCCGCCACCGAUUGCGUCAAAGCCCCGAAAUCCCUUUGCAGACCAGGAAAGCCAAGAACCUUUGAGACGAGCGCUUCCGCCCGAAAGGACGGACCCGCGAAACAAUUCCACCGACUGGCGACCGGACGGCGACAAAGCCGAUUCCUACAAGCCGGUGUCCGAACUGGUCAAGGAAAGCGUCAGGAGAAGUCAGGAGGACCGAGUUCGAGCGGAAGGGGCCAAAAGCCAGGCCAAGGUGCUGGAGCGCAACCCCAGCGUCAAAGUGUCCCAGAUGAAGAACGCCUUUGACGUCCCGAAGAAAUCCAAGGAGAGGGCGCGAGAAAAUCAACCGUCUCCCAAAAAAGACAUGUUGCGGCGGGUUGUGCGACAGAGCAAGUUCCGCCACGUCUUCGGCCAGGCGCUGAGGAACGACCAGUGCUACGACGACAUCCGCGUCUCUCGGGUCACAUGGGACAGCUCCUUCUGCGCCGUCAACCCCAAGUUUGUGGCCAUCAUCAUCGAGGCCAGCGGCGGCGGCGCUUUCCUCGUCCUGCCUUUGCACAAGACGGGCCGCAUCGACAAGGUGUUCCCCACCGUGUGCGGUCACACGGGUCCGGUGCUGGACAUCGACUGGUGCCCCCACAAUGACCUGGUCAUCGCCAGCGGCUCCGAGGACUGCACCGUCAUGGUUUGGCAGAUCCCCGAGAACGGCCUGGAGUCCCCCCUCUCUGAGGCCGUGGUGGUUCUGGAGGGCCACUCCAAGAGGGUGGGCAUUGUGUCUUGGCACCCCACCGCUCGCAACGUUCUUCUCAGCGCCGGGUGCGACAACCAGGUGAUCAUCUGGAACGUGGGCACCGGCGAGGCCAUGAUCACCCUGGACGACAUGCACCCCGACGUGAUCUUCAGCGUCAGCUGGAGCCGCAACGGCAGCCUACUGUGCACCGCCUGCAAGGACAAGAAGGUCCGCGUGGUGGACCCGCGCAAGAAGAAGAUUGUGGCGGAGAAGGACAAAGCCCACGAGGGAGCUCGGCCAAUGCGAGCAAUCUUCCUAGCAGACGGAAAGAUCUUCACCACCGGAUUCAGCCGCAUGAGCGAGCGCCAGCUCGCGCUCUGGAAAACCGACAACAUGGAGGAGCCCAUUUGCGUUCAGGAGAUGGAUUCCAGCAACGGAGUCCUGCUGCCCUUCUUUGACCCGGACACCAACAUCGUGUACCUUUGCGGAAAGGGCGACAGCAGCAUUCGCUACUUUGAGAUCACGGACGAGGCUCCGUACGUGCACUACCUCAACACCUUCACCACCAAGGAGCCGCAGAGGGGCAUGGGCUACAUGCCCAAGCGCGGGCUGGAUGUCAACAAAUGUGAAAUUGCCAGGUUCUACAAAUUACAGGAGAGGAAAUGUGAACCGAUCAUCAUGACCGUCCCUCGGAAGUCGGACCUGUUCCAGGACGACCUGUACCCGGACACGGCGGGGCCCGACCCCGCCCUGGAGGCGGAAGAGUGGUUCGCCGGCAAGAACGGCGGCCCGGUCCUCAUCUCGCUCAAAGACGGCUACGUGCCCACCAAGAGCCGAGACCUCAAAGUGGUCAAAGCCAACAUCCUGGACGGCAAAGCUGCCGCCACCGCCAAGAGCGAAAACGCCGCCAACGUCCAGAAGAACCUUACGUCUCACGCUCCCGCGCAGCCGGCGACGCAAAAGAUGGAAGACAAACUGGAAGAGGUUCUCCGAGAGUUCAAGUCUCUGCGGGACCGCGUCAUCCUGCAGGACCGGCGUAUCGCCAGACUGGAAGAGCAGGUCGCCAAGGUUGCCAUGUAAGUCCCCCAGCUCACCCCCCCCCCCCCCCCCCCCUUCGCUGGACCCAAUUUGGAGCCGCCAGGCAGGCCAACAUUCCAAGAUGAACUUUUUCUUCCAUUUCCCAACGCCCGCCCGCCCCUUCUUCUUCUUCUCUCCACUCCUCCACACGCUUAGACACACAGACGGAAAAGAAAGAGUCUUAAUGUCAUGUGCCGUUUGUGUAGCAUCAGUAUUUCCUCUCAUCUUCCGUGUUGCCAAAUAUUACUCGUGUGCAGUUUCAUGCACUUAUUUUUUUUUUUUUGCAUUUUCUGUCCUGUUGUACGUACAUUCCAGGUAGACCUUUUUUUUUAAAGCAACCUUUUUGUCCAUCAAUGAAUGUGGAAGAACUUGAAACGUGUAAGAAAUGUCACAUUGGGGGCUUUUCGCCAGGUGGGCGGCGGGGGCGGGGCUUGCAUAUCCGGUGUAAAAUGUCGUGCAAAUUGUAGUGAUGCCUCUUGUCGCUCGCUCGCGCAGUCGGUCGGUGUGGAUCUUUGCGGAGUCCAAACUAAAGUCAAGCCAAUUUGGGGGGUUGGGACGAGGAAGCCCUCGCUCGCUCGCACCCCGUUUGGUCGGUUUGUGUUUCACGCCACCGCCGCUGAUGAUGAUGAUGACUUCUGUGCACAUAAUAAAGAUUUUACACUCAAAAAGUGA